AUGGCAUCGUUCAGAUUCUGUGCAGAAUGCAACAAUAUGUUGUACCCAAAAGAGGACAAAGAAGAUCAACGUCUCCUUUACGCAUGCCGAAAUUGUGGCUACACCGAAUUGGCCGAAAACCCCAAAGUGUACCGUCAUGAAUUAAUGACCAACAUUGGUGCUACAGCUGGUGUUGUUGAAGAUAUUGGUAACGACCCAACUUUGCCCCGAAGCGAUAAAGAGUGCACUAAAUGUGGGAAUCGCGAUUGUGUGUUUUUCCAAUCGCAACAAAGACGUAAAGAUACAAGUAUGAUCUUGUUCUUUGUAUGUUUAGAAUGCAAGAAUGUGUUUCAGGCAUAA